UACCCCCGACACCGAAAUCUCCUCCUUCCGCGCUUGGGGGAAUUCCGAUUGCCUUAUGCCACGGUCAAAUUUUUCCCCUUCUUCUUGCCUCGAGAUGAAGGAGAAGGCCGCCAGAUCGACGGCGGAGAUCGCGUUCGUGAUCGAGGCGGAGGCGGCGGCGGCGAUGAUGAAGGAAUGGGGCGUCGCCGUGGCGCCGGAGCUGCUGGUGGCGCUGGUUCCCGCAGCCCUGAGGCUGGCCCGGCCGCCCAUCUCGAACUUUCAUGUGGGGGCCGUCGGAUUGGGGACGAGCGGCCGGAUCUACGUCGGGGUGAACAUGGAGUUCCCCGGGCUGCCGCUCCACCACUCCAUCCACGCCGAGCAGUUCCUGGUCACCAACGCCGCCGUCCACGGCGAGACCGGAAUUCGGUGCAUCGCCGUCUCCUCCGCCCCCUGCGGCCACUGCCGCCAGUUCCUCCAGGAGCUCCGUGGGGCGGCGGAGAUGCAGAUCCUCGUCACCUCCGACGGCCCCGGCUCCGCCUUCCUCCCCCUCUCCUCCUUCCUCCCGCGCCCCUUCGGCCCCCCCGAUCUCCUCCACAAGGACCAUCCUCUCCUUCUUGAGCCCCACGACAACAAGAUCGCCCUUCUAGACGACGAGGAGGAGACCGAGGCCGCGGGCUGCGGGGGAAUCUGUAACGGGAUCGGGGGAGCUUUGCAGGAGCGGCUGCGGGCGGCGGCGGCGGGUGCGGCGAGGGCGUCGCACGCGCCCUACAGCAAGUGCCCGGCAGGGUUCGCGGUGGCGGACUCGGAGGGGAGGGUGUACGCUGGGUCGUACGAGGAGUCAGCGGCGUACAACCCAAGCCUAGGGCCGGUGCAGGCGGCGAUGGUGGCGUACGUGGCGGCGGGAGGCGGUGGCGGAAGAGCAGGUGAGGGAUAUGGGUUCGUGGCAGCGGCGCUGGUGGAGCCAGAGGGAGUGGCGGUGUCGCACGAGGCGACGGCCAGGGUCUUCCUGUCGGUGGUGGCGCCGCGGGCCCACCUAAAGGUCUACCGCUUCCAUUCCUCCGCCGCCGCCUAGACGGCGCUUUCCUAAGGCCGCGGUCCGUUUCCCUCUGGGGAUAAGGACAACGACAGAAAAUGGACAGCUGGGAUUAAAGGAAUUAUAAUCAAGCGGUUCUAGAUAUUGUACUGUUAUACCGAUAUCUUUAAACUAAACAAAAAAUAGUCUCCAUCACUAUUUAGACUCCAAUAUUCUCUAAUUAAGGGAGGUCGUUUGGUUUUGGUGUCAGGUGUCCUGCAUUAAGAUGGAUUAACAGAGAAACUAUUUCCUGCUUUUGCGAACAUUACUGUUU